UGUGGGAUCUUGCUGUGCGUCGGCCAGCUGCCGCCCCCGCAUAAAUUUUCAGAAACAAAGUGCCUCAUCGGCCGUGGAGGCGAAGGUGGGACGGUGCUACAGAAAUGCAGGGGGCUUCAUUCUGGUCGGAAACUUUGCCACAAAGGACUGGGGCUGGGGGGGAGGGCGUGGGAGGAAGAGGAGGAGAGGCAGGCUGGUUCCAGCACUUGGCUCUCACAGAAUCAACCCACCUUAGCAGGGCGUGGAGAGUCAGCUGCCAGAUCUUCCCUGUCAGCGGAGAGCAGGGACAAAGAAACACCCCGGCAGUUCUGCAAAGAGAUUGGCUGAAUCCCGUCCCACUGACACCUGCAGCCUUCCUAUCCUCCUCCCAGACCUAUAAAAGAGUGCCGGAUACUGCUCAGGAGACAGACUUCCAGCUCACGGAGAAAUCCGAACCUCUUUAGCCCCUGGAGGGGCACAGACAGGUAGCCAUGCUCAUGAUGAGUUUCCCGGUAUCGCUGGUCCUGGCUUGUGCGAUGGCCGUGUCGAUGGACUCAGACCAUUCCUCCCUCAGAUCUCCAGGCAGCCCACACCCGGGGAAGGUUCUCAUCCGACGUGUGGAUGGACACUAUUUACCAGGAUUGACACAAAGGCAGUUGCUCCAGCCUGUGACAGCCUACGUGCAGGAUCAUCAUAACCAGCGAGCGAGACGGCUCCUCCUGCUCCACAAGCAGAAGCGCUCCUGUAACACGGCUACGUGUGUGACGUUCCGCUUGGCCAACUUCCUCAGCCGCUCGGGGGCGAUGGGCAGCAGUAGCUUCAUUCCCACCGACGUUGGGGCAAAAGCGUUCGGGAGAAAGCGGCGUGAGGUUCCAGUGUAGGAGUCCCACUGCCUUUCACAGUUCAGCUCGGCUGGGACCCACUGUUCAAACUUCCCAGGUGUGUGAUGUCUGGAUUCCGCUCAAUUCUGGAGAAACUACAGCCUCCCAGAACUCCUGUAAUGUCACCAGAGUUUCAAACCCCAGGACAGAUAAGGCACCGAAACGACCACAUCCCCUACAAACACUAUUUCACAAACCAUUAGCGUAAGACUCUGUUACACACUUCCUUUCUCACACCCUGCUGUCAGUAUAAAAUUCCCAGUUGUAAUCAAGGCUUGAAUUCUUAUUGUAAUUUGUUUUUUUUCACACUAGAGUUUGAAUGUUUGAAAGAAAAACUCACGGGACUUUUGCUCUCUAAACACAACUAAGUCAAAACUGAGACACAAGAGAUCCUGCAGAUACUGUAAUCUGGAGCAACACACACACACACACACACA